AUGAAGGGAAUUAAAAGGUUUGGCAAGAAAGGAAAGUUAAGUCCUCGAUUUGUUGGACUAUUCGAGAUCUUAGAGCAAGUUGGGAAAGUGGCUUAUAGGUUGGCCAUGCCACCAGCUUUGGCGAGAGUGCACAACGUUUUUCAUGUGUCCAUGUUAUGCAAGUAUGUCUCGGAUCCGUCUUACAUUCUUAGUUAUGAGACGUUGAAUAUGCGACCAAAUCUCUCUUACGAAGAAAAACCAAUAAGGAUUCUGGAUAGGAAGGAACAGGUGUUACGAAAUACGACAAUUGAUUUAGUUAAGGUUCUUUGGAAGAACGGCUUUGUUAAAGAGGCAACAUGGGAGUUGGAAUCAGAUAUGAUGGAGCAAUACCCAGAGUUGUUCAGGAAAAUUUCAGGGACGAAAUUUCUUUUUAGGAGGGGUAGUUGUAAUAUCUGCUUCCAUUAG